GUACGGGUAGGUGCGGACUCUGUGUACGGAAACAGUACGUAUGCUUGACCUUGAAGUUCGUUCGCUGCCACCAAGUUUUUUGUUCGGUCUAGUGAAGCUUGUCUGUGUGCAUAUAAUAUAGCACCCUGUUCCGGGCACUGAAAACUAAUACUAGCAACAUGUUUUUUUUCAGUUUCGCUCCAUACUCUGCAGGUAACUCUGGAAUUUAGCAAAGCAUAUUAUAUACAUUACCAUACCUCAUCAUGGAGUUUUCUGACGAAGAUGUUGCGGUGUUGUUCAUCCAAUAUUUGGAGGGAAGGAUGGCUGAGCCUACAAACAUCGAGGAGCGCUUGGCAGCUCUUCCUAAGCCAGGAUCUUUUGACAUCGACGACGAGGUGCCCAACACAUGCAUCAUCUUCAGGAGCGGCCGCCCUCGGGUCAUUAAGGCCACAUCCUCCGACGACCUGUACCGACAGGGGCUCCAGCCUUACCCUCGUAAGGACUUGACGACUCAUCACGCCCUCUUAGUGACGCGCGCACUAGCAUCACUACACGCACAUUGCUCCGUCCUCCAGAAAGACGGGCUGGAUCUCCCCAACCCAAAUGUAGCAGAAUUACGAGAUAUCGCUCGCUUUGCUAAGUGCCCAACCGCAGCCUCCGGCAAAAGCGAGUGCAGUAUGGCUAAAGUUGAGGUGUGUAACGGCGAAUGUGGAGACGCUCUAACUUCAGAAGUUACUCAAGUUGACAUUGCUAACGCCAAUCUUGAUAUUUUAAUUCAUAGGCUCCACGCCAACCCAGAUAAUGGCCAUAUUAGGAACCGUCUCGCGAACUUGAGAUCGGAUUUGCCGACUCUCAUGGAUUUUAUUAGAUUUUCGUCAGCGGUGAGCAAGAAAUGGAUGGUGAGCGUUGGACCGAUCAGCACUUGUGACGUGUGGAUAAAUCGCCACAACGAAGAGGACGACAUUGUAGCUCUUCGUCUACGCGGAGGAACGUCCCUGCGAGCACCUCCCCUGCGAGACGCGGCAUGGGUGUGGCUCACUCUUCUCGAGCCCUCGAUGUUGCGGGAGCGUUACACUGAACUCUGUGACGCUUAUUGCCUCACUUAUAACUCCACCCACCACCGUCUCGUCAGUACUGAUUCAGAGCAAGAGCCAGAGGAACUUCUAACUUACUUCGACCUCAUGAGGGACCUCGGAGAAUCCUUCCUUCACGCUUUCCUUACUUUCCUGUACAAGUUUGUGGUGUCCAAAACAUGGUUCGUUGACCGGGAGUUGUACUUGCCUUCCGGCAUCACGCGAACAACAGAAAUAUUACAAUAUUUAAUAGAUAAUGGAAUCGUGGGCAGUAUUUUCAUAGCGUGAUAGACUGCACAACGUAUGCAACUUUAAUUUUAAACUGUUUAGUUCGAAUCGGAAUAACAAGCAAGCUUGUUAUGCACUAGCAGAGCAUAUACAUUGACAGGAGAGUUUUUCCCGUAUGUUUGUAGUGACAGUUAUGUAAGCCCUUGAACUUAAUAGAAAUUCUUAAAUGAUUAACAAGCAACAGGAAAUUUGUAAACACUGCCAGAAUUGCUUACAGUUAUUUGGUAGAUCAGAAUUCUGUGUUUAGUCUAAGCUUGAGGCAUUCCCGCAAUUCAAUCAUUUAAGCUAUUCUAGUAUAGACAGGAAACGUACGUAGUCAUAAUUACCAUUUAAUUAUCAGUAGUCGCAGGGGCAAUGUAUUGAUUGUAUUCAUACUAAAGAUCUAUCAAUUCAAUUUAUUUGUAUUCGUACUAAAAGAUCUAUCAGUUCAAUUUAUUAUAUGAACAUAACAUUUUUCUCGAGUAUCGUGCCUUAAUUUGAUGCUCGUGUCUAUUAUUUAUACGUUCCACUCCGGGAUAGAAAUUAUAUUUUAUAAAGAAAUGUU